AUGGCGACAGUUGCAGUAGAUAGCAGCCAAGAACCAGCGCCAGAGUGCAGCACUGCAUUUGCUCCAACCGAUAAUGACUUCAGCCAACAACAUUAUUUAAUCCCUGGCUACAAUCUAAUAUUCAUCAAAGAAGAAGAUUCCCAAGAUGGAGAAGACAUUUCAGAAGAAGUUGACUUUGGCGCAGUGAAGAGUGAAGCAGAGAUGUGGCCUUCUAUCAGCGGCACUGCCAAUGCAACAGAAGUGGGUGGACUGGAUGCACAUUCAAUCUCUCCAGUGGAAAAGUGCACUGAGCCAACUGUGGCUGGCAAAGAGACCAAGCUCUACAACUGUGCCGACUGCAGCUAUGAAACAACACGGAUUUCUGAUUUGAAGACACACAUUAGAACACACACUGGUGAAAAACCAUUUAGUUGCGAAUCUUGUUACUACAAAUGUUCUAAUUCAAGUGAUUUGAACAGACAUAUCAGAACACACACUGGUGAAAAACCAUUUAGUUGCGAAUUAUGUGACUACAAAUGUGCUCAAUCAGGUGCUUUGAAGAGACACAUCAGAACACACACUGGUGUAAAACCAUUUAGUUGCGAAUUAUGUGACUACAAAUGUGCUACUCCAAGCUCUUUGAAGAGACACAUCAGAACACACACUGGUAAAAAACCAUUUAGUUGUAACUUUUGUAACUACAAAUGUGCUAUUUCAGCCAAUUUGAAGAGGCACAUCAGAACACACACUGGUGAUAAAACAUUUAGUUGCGAAUUUUGUGACUACAAAUGUUCUAAUUCAAGUGAUUUGAACAGACAUAUCAGAACACACACUGGUGAAAAACCAUUCAGUUGCGAUUUAUGUGACUUCAAAUGUGCUAUUUCAGCCAAUUUGAAUAAACAUAUCAGAACACAUACGGGUGAAAAACCAUUUAGUUGUGAAUUAUGUGACUACAAAUGUGCUCAAUCAGGUGCUUUGAAGAGACAUAUCAGACUGAAACACACUGGGGAAAAAGCCUGUGUGAAGAAAUAAUUCUGAGAUAAAUGUUACUUAAUGUGCUGAUUCAUGUACUUAUAAGGCACAUAAUAUUAGAAGGCAAAGCGUUGAAAAAUAAUAGUAUAAUAGUUCUAUUGACAUUGUUUUGUUUUGCAAUUGAGAUUUGUGUGAUUGGUGUCAGAUUCUCGUGCGCUUAAUCAUUUAUUGUAACUUAAUUGAGUAAAUUUCAAUUCAGUACAUUUUUCUGUACUGACGAGGAUGACAUGAAGGUUUAGCACUUAGCAGAUUGAAACAUCAAUUGGGAUUAAUGAGUGCAAUUUUAUGCAAGUUGAGUCUAUGUCUUUAUCCAUCUGCCAGAUUUACUUUUCUCUCCUCAUAUUAACUUAUCCAGAAAUAUUAAUUUGCAGAAAUCAAAGCAACAAGUUGGUGAGUUUCUAAUGCUUUAUCCUUAAAACUUGGUCUUGCAAGGAGCUCUCCCACUCUCGUUAAAUGUAAUGAAUAUUCAUGCCUCUUCAAUUGUAAAUUCGUAAAAUUCAAAGCAAUCUACACAUAAUAUUUUUCCGAAUUCAAAUUAUUUAUUAGCUAUUUCAUUCGUUUAAAAUAUGAUUUACAACAUGUAAAGAAUUUCUGCAUUGUUACAAUUCUAAAUUAUAUUCAAUUAUAUAAAUCACAAAUUUAUAAAAUACAUAAUAAGACACUAAAUAAGUUUAUUAACUAUUAUAAAGCUACUAUUGUUUCAUUUGAAUCCAAUCAAGCCUGGUGUCUAGAUAGGUUGGAGUUGGAUCCGAGGGAGGAAAGUGGUAAAAAAAUUAAAAACAUCAAAAGUCAUCCAUCUAAAAACACGAGAACUGAGUAAUAAGCUCUAUUUGUCAAAAUACUUUGAGAUAUUCUUCUUGAAUUGAAAUUUUGAAUUAAAAACUUUAGUUUCGCUUGGAAAAUUGUAAGUACAUAAUAUAGUACCUUGUCUUCUAUGGGAGAACAUACGGUAGGCUACCUGAUAUUCUUCGAGAUACCAAUGAGCCUCACAACUGUUAUAUGUCAGCCAAGUCCGCCAGUUUAUAGUGUUCUUGUGGAAUCAUGUUUAAUCUGAAUAGUCCGUAUCAGACUCACUGUCAUAUGUUGAGUGUUUAAGUUGUAGAGUGCUAGUAAAUCGAUAAUUAUCCAUUCAAUCUCACAACCCAGAAAGAUUGUCUUGUUGGGAGAUUCAUACAUGAAUCAAGGUUUCUUUUUUCUCUGAGAAGUGGUUUUAAUGAGAAUUAUCAUCCAUUCAUUGAUUGUGUUGACAAAUUAAUAUUAUUAAUCACCCGAGAAAUGUUCUUCUUUAUUAAUUUGUACAUCAUGUACUAGUUUAUACAGGACAAAAUGUCAGAGGUUGUCUGGUAUAGCUCAGCUGGUAGAGCUGUCUCCUCAAAUGUGAAAAGAUCCAUUCUGAUGAUCUCAUCUUCAUAACAAUUAAAUUUUCUUUAAAUUACCACCUCUUCAACAACAAAACGACAAUAUUGUCUUUGCAAAACCCUUUGAACUGCUAUAUGCUCCAUAUUAUGAUGUUAUUGUUGUUAAUAUGGCUGCGUUGAUUAAUUCAAAAGCCUCCUGGCAUAUUAUAGAUUUUAUUAUUUAUUUAGAAUAAGAUGGGAUACAACUUGAGAGGGACUAAUUGAUUUUAUUUAAUGGACUACUGUUGAGAGUUCUAUCCUUUUGAAUAGCAAUUUUGUAUUGUAUCACAAACAGUUAUAAUUCACUAGAGAUUCAUUAUAUUAAUAUUAUUUAGAUUAGCCUAUCAAUAGUUUUUAGCAAUCUCUUGUAAGAUAAACUUCUUGUUAAUAGAUAUUCUAUCUUUGAGGAAUAUUCUAUACAUUUCUCCUGUCUUCCAUCAUUAUUUACUUCAAUUUAUCAACUUUCAAUAAAUUCUCGAAAUCGUCAUCCUAGCCUACAAUUUUGAUAUUUCCAGCUUCUAGGUGUGGAACUCCUAUUCCCCCACAGGUAUCUGUGGUUAUAUUUCUAUAAUGUGUAUCUUUUUAUAUAAUUUAACUUAUACUCUAACUACUGUUGAAAGAACAAAAAUAAUAAAGAAAAAUCAAACAUUGAA